AUGGCCGGUGUUAUCAACGACUCCGAGGAACAACGAUUUUUGGACAGGAUUCGUUGUAUCACAUAUCGUGACAUACGGGAUGAAAUGAUUGCAAGAACAGGAGACUCAUUUAUCACUCGUCAAUGGAUUUCAGAAAAACUGCAUCGGGACGAAAGUUGGGUACGACGAACUUGGAAUAAAACUACUGAAGAAUGUUACACACAAUUUGGAAGUGGUCGACCGAAGAUACUCUCCGAGGAGAGCAAAGACAUUAUCGCUUCUGCAAGUGGUAUUACGGGCAGUAGCUCUCGAAACGUUGCAAGAGAGAUUUUAGAGAAAACAGGACAGCGCGUGAGUGGUGAAACUGUCCGUCGCGAACGUCAUCGGCAGGGAUUAAAGCCUUUCCAUGUGAUUGCAAUACUAUUGAAGACAAAUACCCAUAUUGAAGAUCGGAAAUGGCUUGCACAUUUUGUUGCCAAUUGGACUGAAGAAGAUUUUCUUCAUAUGGCACCGUCGGAUGAGUUUUAUGUUUAUGUGAUCAGAAAACCGAAUCACCAAAAUGAUAGAGUUUGGGCAAAAAUAUCGAAGACAUUAGCAACGAGGAAAGAUAUCGUGAAAUGGUUCAGAACGCGGCAUGUGUCGGAAUCUUCGUGA